AUACAACCGCAAUCGUAGCCACAGCAGCAGCAACAGCAGCAGUCGCAGCAGCAGCAGCAGUCGCAGAUGCGUAUGGCGAAUUAACACAAACGCGUUAAUACAAUUAGUUUAAAAGUGAAAAAUCUCGUAUAUAAAUACAUAUAUAUAUGUACAUAUAAAAAUACGAAACGAAGCAGCAAAAAAAACUGUUAACUAAAUAAUAAAAACAAUAAAAGAAAUACGCAGCGAGGCUGUCGACAAAAAGCGCCACAACAAAUUUGCAACUUUACACUCGUCGGCGGUUUUCAGUCGCGAAAUGAAGCCACAGCCUCAGCGCUGAACCACAGAACGCGUGUGCCCCCACAUAGAAGAGACAUAUUAACAACAACAACGAGAAAAACUACAUCAACUGCAAACAUGGUCGAGUUACUCAAGGCGCUCAAUUUGACGGGCAAUUUGCUGGCAGGCCUUGAAGACAACAGCCUCGAGAAUGCCCCGAAUCCCAUUGCACUGAUUGCCGCCGCGGAGCCCAGUCUCAAUGCCACGGCCAUGAAUAUGACUACCACAAGCACAACAACAACGUUGGCGAAUGCCACGAGCAGCGGCGAGAAAAUUCAAAUGGACGGCUUCGAUCUGCCCGGCAAUUAUUCCAUACUGAUUAACAAGCUGGAACAAUUGGCGCUGGGCCUGGACUCGGCGCUGGGCAACUUCACCAUCGAUCGCCAGGAGGUGGAAAUUAAUUUGAAUGGCGCCUCUGCCAACGAUGUGGCCGAUGUUGCCGACGAUCUGAUCUUCAGCGAUGUGAUACCCGCUGCACAUGCUCCGACAACACAUAUAGCACACGGCUCGCGCAUUUACACGGGCGAAGAGGAGGACUUUGCUCAUGUGGUCAGCGAUAUUUGGAUAGGCGUCAUUCUCACGCUGCUCAUUGUAUUUGUGAUAUUCUUCAUAUGUGCGUGCUUCCUGUAUCACAAGUUUCAACAGUGGAAGAAUUCAUAUCGUGCCAAUCAUGGCGAUGCCACCAUUGAAGUCUGCCGCCACUGCCCGCCUGAAUAUGAGGUCGAAUCGCUGCCCUCCUACACAAUUGUCUCGGGUUUGCCCACCUAUGACGAUGCACUCGAGGAGUUCCGCAAAGCGGGCAUUAUACUGACGCCCGCCAUGCCUGUCAUCAAGAUAUUUGAGAAUCUGAACAACGAAGCGAGCGGCGCCAAGGAGCCAGCGGUGGUGUACACCCUGGUGGAGACAUCGCCCAGCGCUGCCAACGAUGCCAAUUCCGACACCAUUUCACUGAACUCCAUCACCUGUAGUUGUGGUGGCUCCUCGCCCACCGGCUCGCUGCCCAGUUACAGUGCUGCCACGGCAGCUGCCAUGGCCAACGGCGCCCCGCCCAACUCGCAGAUCAUAGAGCUAUCGCCGGAUCAUCUGGCCUCGCUCUCGCAGAAGCGCCUCUCGCUGCAGAUCUCAUUCAACAACUCGCUGCGCCGCCGCACCCGCUCCACGCUGCACAAUCAUUUGCUGCGCUCGCGCGCCGUGGGGAACACCGCCGGCCUGGGUCCGAUUGAGACAGCAAUUGCUGCUACAGCAAUCGCAAGCAGCACAGCAGCUGCCCGGUCUAGAGAUAGCCAAGUGCUGCCGUCCAUACAUCGAUCCUCAUCGACGGUGUCCCUGUCUAGCGAGCGCCAGCUGCUGGAUCAGCGCUUGAGGCAUUUGCAUCAUCGUGGCUCCUUGUACUGAGGAGCGGAAUGCAAAUGCGAAGCGCUCAUAUUUCAAUUACUUAACUCUUAGUCAUAAGCGAUAACAACAAACAAACAAAACUGAUCUAAAGCCAAUAAAUUGUUUAUAAAAAUGUA